CCCCCUGACGUCAGCCUCCCGGUGCCAUUUAAGGCCCAUCCCGCGCUCUGCUGCGAGUCCUGGAGCUGCUGCUGCCGAGUCAGGAUAUCACCUCCCCGCGCGGCCGACGCCCUCCCGACGUGCAGUCCCGGUUCCUUCCUCUUCCAAAACCAGUAUGGCAACUCUCAAGGAUCAGCUGAUUCACAAUCUUCUUAAGGAAGAACAGACCCCCCAGAAUAAGAUUACAGUUGUUGGGGUUGGUGCUGUUGGCAUGGCCUGUGCCGUCAGUAUCUUAAUGAGGGACUUGGCCGAUGAACUCGCUCUUGUGGAUGUCAUAGAAGACAAACUGAAGGGAGAGAUGAUGGAUCUCCAACACGGCAGCCUUUUCCUUAGAACACCAAAAAUUGUCUCUAGCAAAGACUAUAACGUAACUGCACAUUCCAAGCUGGUUAUUAUCACAGCUGGAGCACGUCAGCAAGAGGGAGAGAGCCGUCUUAAUUUGGUCCAGCGUAACGUGAAUAUCUUUAAAUUCAUCAUUCCUAACGUUGUAAAAUACAGCCCGAACUGCAAGUUGCUUAUUGUUUCUAAUCCAGUGGAUAUCCUUACCUAUGUGGCUUGGAAGAUCAGUGGCUUUCCGAAAAACCGUGUUAUCGGAAGUGGUUGUAAUCUGGAUUCAGCACGGUUCCGUUACCUAAUGGGGGAGAGGCUGGGAGUUCACCCAUUGAGCUGUCAUGGUUGGGUCCUUGGGGAGCACGGAGACUCUAGUGUGCCUGUUUGGAGUGGAGUGAAUGUUGCUGGUGUCUCCCUGAAACACCUACACCCUGAAUUAGGCACUGAUGCAGAUAAGGAACAGUGGAAAGAGGUUCACAAACAGGUGGUUGAAAGUGCUUAUGAGGUGAUCAAACUGAAGGGCUAUACCUCCUGGGCCAUUGGACUGUCUGUGGCAGAUUUGGCAGAAAGUAUAAUGAAGAAUCUUAGGCGGGUACAUCCCAUUUCCACCAUGAUUAAGGGUCUCUAUGGAAUUAAAGAUGACGUCUUCCUUAGCGUUCCUUGUAUCUUGGGACAGAAUGGAAUCUCUGACGUUGUGAAGGUGACCUUGACCCCUGAAGAAGAGUCCCGUUUGAAGAAGAGUGCAGAUACACUCUGGGGGAUCCAAAAAGAGCUGCAGUUUUAAGCCUUCUCUUGUACCAUUUCACUGUCUAGGCUAUAAAAGGAUUUUAGUUGGGGGCUUCCGUGUUGUCCUUUUUACCUGGUCUAUGAUUAAAGCAGUAAAAUUGUGACUUAGGAAAAAUAUCCAGUUUCCUAAAGUUAGACAUAAGAAUGGUACAUAAAACCUUACAUCUGUAUCCUGAUGGUGGGUAAUACUUAAUCUUGUGUAGUUCUCCAUAGUUGGUAUAAAAUACUUCACCACCUCUGAGACAUCGCUGCCAGUGUUGCGCAUGCUGCAACUGCCCUUCCAACCAGAAGAAUGUGUUUACUGUGUGUUACUGGUUCCUUCACCCAACAUGCCCAGUUUUUUUUCCCACUCGGUCACAUCCUGGGCUCCAAAGUGUAAAUCCAAUAUUGCAUGUCUUGUGCAUAAUUGUUCUAAAGGAUUUUAUUUUGUGUGCUAUUUCAGAGUAGUGUACAUUGCCGUGUAAUGUAAAAAGAUCUACAGAUAAACAAUGCUGUCAUACCAACUAAAACACCAAAUAAACCAUGAACAGUGACAACUCUGUUAAUUUAUUGCAUUAAGAUAUAAAGUCACAAAGCUGCUGUUUAUUCAUUAUAUUAUUGGUAUGGUACCCUACAAUUCAUGUAGGGAACAUUCUAUAUACAAAUGUAAAAAAUAGAUUUUUUGCCAACUGAACACAGCAAUGAACUUUGCCACUGCAGGUAACAGAUUUUUAAGAAACUUCGCCCACUGGAAACACAUACCAUAAUGGUACUCAAGUUUUAAGCUAGUUUUGGUGGUUCUUACUGGAUUCCCUCAGAACAUUUCUAGAACCAUAACCCUGAUACAGGCCUGAAAACCUUACUUCUAGAGGUUAACUACCUGUAUCAGUGGCUGUUGAGCUGAUUCCAACUCAUGGCAACCGCAUGUGAAUCAGAGUAGAGCUGUGCUCCGUAGGGCUUUCAAUGCUGAUCUUUUGGAAGUAGAUCACCAGGACUUUAUUACAAGGUGCCUCUGGGUGGACUUGAACUUUCAACCUUUUGGUUGGCAGCUUCCUUAAUCAUUUGCAGGGCCCAAGGACUUUUCCAGAUACAGGAAACAACAAAAAGUUUUGAGCCAGGGAAAAGCUGUCCAAAGGCUGGUUGGAGGGGGAGUGUAGUGAGAAGGGAGAGUGACUUGAGACGAGGUUGGAGGAGUAAGAGGUCCAGAUCUCAAAGGCCUCCCUUAGGUUGUGGUAAAAAUAGUUUAUUCUAAGUAAUAGAAAGCCAUUGAAGGGCUCUAAGCAGGGUAAAUGACCUGAACUAUGCAUAAAACACAGGCUUUAUCAUGGGAAAUGGAUUAUCCUUUAGGAUUUGGAAGGGGCUCAAAGCAAGUGUGUGACAAAAGACUAUGGAGGAGAUUGUGUUGCCUUCUGUGCAUUAUAAAUUAUUGGUAUAAAAAGUACCCUUAGAGAUGGAAAAACUAGUACUAAAUAGACAAUAAGUGGUAACUUUGGUGAAGAUUAAGACAGUACACAAUACUGGGGAAGCCAGCACAACCUGUACAAGGCAAGGUCAUGGAAGCUCCAUAGACACAAACUCCCUGAGGGACUGAAUUGCUGGGCUGAGGGCUGUGGGGACCAUGGUGUUAGGGAACAUCUAGCUCAACUGGUGUUAACAGUUUAUAAAGAAAAUGUUCUACAUUCUACUUUGGUGAGUAGCAUCUGGGGUCUUAUAAGACUGUGAAUGGCCAUCUGAGAUACUCUACUAGUCUCACCCCUUCAGGAGUAAGGAAGAAUGAAGAAAACAAAACAUACAAGGGAAAGAUUAGUCUAAAGGACUAACAGAUUAUAUCUACCACAGCCUCCACCAGACCGAGUCCAGUAUAUCUAGAUGGUGUCCAGCUACCACCACUGACUGCUCUGACAGAGCUCACGGCAGAGGGUCCCAGACAGAGCUGGAGAAAAAUGUAGAACAAAAGUCUUAACUCACAAAAAAAGAUCAGACUUCCUGGCCUGACAAAGACUGGAGAAAGUGUGGCCCCUGGACACACUUUUCGCUUAGUAAUGAAAUCAUUCCUGAGGUUCCCCCUUCAGCCAAAGAUUAGACAGGCCCAUAAAAAAAUGAAACUAAAGGCAUACCAGCCCAGGGGUAAGGACCAGAAGGCAGGAGGGCACAGGAAAGCUGGUAAUAGGGAACCUAUGAUUGAGAAGGGAGAGUGUUGACAUGUCGUGGGGUUGUUAACCGAUGUCACAAAACAUUUUGUGUACUAACUGUUCAAUGAGAACUAGUUCUGUAAACCCUCAUCUAAAGUACAAUAAAAAAAAAAGCACCGUUAGAAAACUA